UGGGGCAUCGUAAACCGUUGAAUCUUGAGACCUCGGAGGCAAUCUGAAUCUUUUCUCGGUUUCUUUAUAUCAUUCGCUCGGACUAUUCUUCCCUCAUUCAACCAACCUUUGUGCACCUUUGCCAUGCUCUUCGCUGAGUUGUAGAUAUUUUGUUCGCCGCCUUUACCUACUCUCCUCACGUUCUCGAAGGGCCGCCUGACUUCGUCACGUUCCCUAUUGGUUGUCCUGUGAGUAGAAUUUACUUCUCCUCCGGCUACCAACCAUGUCGUUCCUCUCAUAUAUUACGACGGGCGUCACCUACUACGUCCUCCUCACAGUCUCCCUCUUCGCCCUCGGACUCAAGGUCCCACGCGCAUCUUUUGCGGCCCGGUGUCUUGCAGCCUAUGGCUCCCUCGUUCUGUGCGCAAUCUACGGCGUCAUCGCCUCAAUCGUCCUCCGCCUCGUCGGCUACGGCCGAAUCUCGCAAUGGGCCACCGCGCGCAGCUUCAAGUGGGUGAUGAGAUUCACAACGGGCGUGCGGUUCGACAUUGUCGAGGGCCAAGAGCACCUCAAAACCCGUCCGGCCGUCUUCAUCGGGAACCACCAGUCGGAGCUGGACGUUCUCAUGCUCGGAACCAUUUUCCCGCCGUACUGCAGUGUCACAGCGAAGAAGUCGCUUAAGCAUGUGCCGUUCCUCGGGUGGUUCAUGUCGCUUUCCCAGUCUGUUUUUAUUGACCGUGCAAACCGUGAGACGGCCGUGAAGGCUUUUGAUAGCGCUGCAGAGGAGAUGCGGGUUCAUCGGCAAAGUGUGUUUAUUUUUCCCGAGGGAACGAGGAGUUACUCCGAUAAGCCGGAGCUGCUUCCCUUCAAGAAGGGAGCCUUCCACCUUGCUGUCAAGGCUGGUGUGCCUGUUGUUCCGGUUGUUGUCGAGAACUACUCGCACAUUCUGUCUCCGAAGGAUUACAGAUUUGAGGCUGGAUCUAUUAAAAUUCGAGUCCUGCCGCCAAUCAGCACAGAAGGUCUCACUCCUGCCGACGUUGACAACCUCACCAAGUCAACACAAGAGAGCAUGCUGAAGAGCCUCCUCGAGAUCUCCCGCACCGAGCAGGUCGACGUUGGCUCGUCUCUGCGAAACGGCAAGUCUACCGCCGUUGAGAUCUGAUCGCGCUACACGACAACGUCCUCAUCCUCAUAAGUUCGACUGAUAGUGAGCUGAAUUGCUCGCUCUUACUACAUCUCUCAAAAUCUCUUGUACGAUGAUACGCCGAUACGAUUUCGAUCUGAUAGCACGACGAUGAAGAUAUAGACCAUCAUUUGAUUAGUUACAUCAACGGAACAAUCUUAUAAUCUGGCUGCGAAGUUUGGAGGGGUUUUGCUAUGUUCUGGCUAGGUGCCGCGGUCCACAACAGGAACACGGUAGUGGAGGGGAUCCGCCUAGCUGUGCGGUAUGUAUGUGACACGCCUUAGCAUCUGGUGGACAAGCGUUUGAUAUUGGAGCCUCAUACCCUUCGGAUAUGAUAGACGUCAUUUACUUGUUAGCCAUAUUUUGUCUUAUAUCGCGUCAAUAAAUAAUCUAGUUAGCGUGCCAUGAGCCUCUCUCAUCUCCUUUCCUUGACUGCUAUGAUAGGCAGUCACACGUUCCCAU